CUAUGCUAAGUGUGUAUUCCACUGUCCCAUUGUGCUACCAAACAUUUUGCCUUAUAUAUUAAAUUCAAGUUAAAAUUUUGUCACAAACCAAAUCUCUUUUCCUUUUUACAGACCUAAAGCUUUUGUUAAGUUCUUCCUUUUCUCUCCUUCUUUCUCUUUCUUUCUUCCUCUUUUAUAUACUAUAUACAUACAAACCCCUAAUAAAUGGCGGUCGUGGCGGCGACGGCGAUUGUGUGGCGAAUGCGCCUAGGCUUAGCUUUACGAGCGGCUUUGGCAUGUGCCAUAGUCGGUGUCGUCACGAUUUUCGGGCCGGCGCCGGUCAGACGGUUACUGGCGUUCUCGGCUUUCUCUUAUGUCACCACUAUUUCCAUUGUACUUUCCGACGCGGUAUCGGUCGGUGAUGCCGUCAGGGGUGUGUGGCACGUGAUGUGGGCGGUAGUGUCGGUGGUGGUCUUGUCUGUGCCGUGCUUGUGGCUGAUCGGACCGGGACGAUUCACCGGUGCGGCAUCGGCGGCGUUGGCGGUGAUUGUCAGUGCGUUUGUGGUGGCGCUGCCGGAGCGGACCCACUUGCUGACGAAGCGAAUUGCCUUUGGACAGCUGGUGAUCGUGUACGUUGGGACAGUGAUUCACGGCGGUCAGAUCAGUUUUGUUAUGCACCCAAUUCGGGUUGCGUCCAGUACGGCUGCCGGAGCUCUCGCCGCCGUCGCCGCCAUGAUGCUUCCCUUCCCACGCCUCGCCUUCUUCCAGAUAAGGAAACUGAGUAGGGGUUAUUGUGAGAAUGGUUGCGAGAGAAUUGGGGCAAUGGUGGAAGGGGUGGGUGCGAAGAGCAAAGCAGAGGCAAUUGCAUUGAUGGUUGAAGCCAAGUCUCUAUCAACAAAUGGAACAAAGCUUCUUCAAAGUAUCAAAGCCAAUAUGAGAGGAAUGAUUUGGGAGAGACGACAGAUGGGCUUCGACAUUGAAGAAAAGAUGGAAGAAAUUGAAGUUGCAAUGAGAGGAAUGGAAGCCGCGUUAACUUCCCCUUCAAUGGCCUUCGGAGCAAUGGAUGAACAACUCUGCAAUUUCCUCAACAAUCUCAAAACCAAAGCCAUCUUAAAGCUACAGCAAUUCAAGAUCUCCGUUCCUUCUACUUCCACAACCGCGCCGGAGACAAAGCCCACCUUCUCAAUCCCUCUGCCUCUCAACAUUUCUCCCAUUACUCCUCAGAUUCUGCCCACUUCCUUCUUCUUGCGUUGUAUGGAAAUCCUUCUGUACGACUCAACUGCCUCCGCCGCCGGCCGGAAUCUCAUCUCCGAGGUGGAAAUCGGUCGGAGAGCCAAUGGGGAAGAAGCAACCCAGUCGAGAGACCAUCCUACUAAAGAAACUCGUUGGGGCAUUUUGUCGAACAUGUUGCCUACAAACCAGAGUUUGCGUUUUGCGUUGAAGUGCUCGAUUACAUUGGGGCUUGCUGUGUUUCUGGGUCUGACUUAUACAAAGCCAAAUGGGUAUUGGUCAGGAUUGACGGUUGCCAUCAGCUUUGCAACUGAGAGACAAGCCAUAUUUACUGUUGCAAAUGUUCGAGCUCAAGGGACGGCAAUUGGGUCAAUCUAUGGCGUUUUAUGCUGUUUCAUUUUAAAGAAAUAUGAGUAUUUAUGGCUCUUACCUCUUCUCCCUUGGGUUGUUUUUACCAGCUUUCUUGUUCAUAGUAGAAUGUAUGGUCAAUCUGGUGGGAUUGCAUCAGCAUUAGGCGCAUUGCUAGUUCUUGGGAGGAAGAAUUAUGGCAUUCCAUCUGAGUUUGCAAAUGCUAGAAUCACAGAAGCUUGCAUUGGAUUGCUCUGUUUUCUAACAGUGGAGAUUGUAUUCAACCCAACAAGAGCAGCAACUUUGGCAAAAACAGAAUUCUCAACAAGUUUGGUGGCCAUUCAAGAUUUCAUCAAAAGGGUAAUCCUCAUUCCCCAAAAAAACUUGAAUGAAACUUCUAAUUUCAUUUCAUUGAUAGAAUACCACAAAAUUCUGAAAUCCCAUGUUAGUCAAUUAGAAAAAUUCAUUGUUGAAGCUGGGUUUGAGCCUAAUUUCUGGUUCACACCUUUCCAAGGUGGCUGCUAUGAGAAACUUCUGAAAUCCCUCCAGAAAACAGUGGAUAUCUUACAGAUUAUGCUGCAUGAAAUGAAGUUUCUGUCUCUAGAACUCAAUAGGUCUGGGCUUGUUGUGAAGGAACUCCAUGAUAGUUUAAGUGAAGACAUGGAAGCUUUCAGCAAAAAAGUUGGAUGCUCUCUGGAGUUCAUGGAUAAGGUAAGCCUAAUAAAGUCCUUAAAAGAAUUGCAGAACAAAAACUGGAACCAAUGUUCUGAAAUGGAGAUGGGGAAGAAGGCUUCAAAUGAUGGAUGCAAAGCUUUUGCUUUAAGUGAAGAAGAUGUUGAGAAAAUUGUGGGUUCUUUCUGCCAACGUGCAAAUGAAAUACUGAGCAAAGCUUACACAAAUGAUGAAGUUGAGGGAAAUCUGAAAGGCCAAAUGACAUUAUGUUUGAGUUCCAUUGGGUUUUGUAUGGAAUGUUUGAUGAGAGAAACAAUGGUGAUGGAGAAAGAAGUGCAUCAGCUUCUGAAACUGGAGAAUCCAUCCAUUCAUAUAAAUUUGCAAGAACUUUCAACAAAAGUAAAUGCUUACUGUACAAAAUAAACUAACUAGAAAUUCAAAUCCAUAGUGAGAUAUUUAUAAAGAUACACUGAGUUUGCUUUGCAGUAAUCAGGCAAAGUUUAUGGUCUGACUGAUGCAAAAGCUUGACAUACUUGAUACUUCUCUGUGUUCUAAGUUCAAAUAAAGUAUUUAAAUGCCUUGAUUAUUUUUUAAAUCAAAAGGCAAGCAACA